CCAUGUGUCACUGCGCAGCGGCCGGACUCUCCUCCUCCUGAGCGCCGUUGCAGAUCGGGAGUUCCCGGAGAGUCAGUCAGACUGCAGACGGCUCACAGCUGACCUCUCCCUCCGCUGAGCAGCUCCACUCCACCCGGGUGAAUGCAACAGGGAGCCCGUCUGACGGCUGGGAUAUUUCCCCCUGAAGAGAUUAUUUUUCAGUCUUUUGUGGAGCUCUUCAUCCUGCAGAAACAGAAACAGGGAGCAGCAACUUGAAAUAUAAUUUUGUUUCUCACACAAACCUGUAAAUCAACCCGCCUGACACUAUCUGAAGAGCCUAGGAGGAGGGAGGAGAUGCCGAGCGUCAGCAUGAUGUCCGGAUUAUUUUUUACUUGAACGACCUUGGGUUUUUAGUCCUCCUGUCGCUGGAUUAUUGUAUUUAGUUGGAAUGGAGAAAAAGCUGCCGCAUUAGCCACUCUCAUUUAAAAUUGCGAUGAGGUCUCACCAGGAAGGGAGCAGGACUGCCUGGUUAACACAGGGAUGGACCCCCAGCACCUUCUAAAUCUCCACCCUCUAAUGUGUCUCACAUGUUCAGACAUGGAUGGGAGGGGGAGUGGAUGACAGGAGCGCAGAGAAAGGUCGAAGGGAAGCACAGAGCUGAGCUGACCGUUAAAACUUCCAUGUGUGACAUCUCACCCAAAGUCUCUCCCACCCUACAGUAAGGCAAGUAAGUCAAUGCGACAUCCUCCAGAGUAUGGGGUGCGUCAAAUCCAAGAGGAGCGACUCCGUGGCCCAGAAUGCAAACUCCAGAGUGGAAGGCAAGGCGAGGGGGGAGAAGGCCUACCUGGUCCACUCGGAGACGGGCUCGGUGGAGUGCUCCCCCAAGACCAACCCAGUGCUGAUGGAGUACGCUCACAGGCUGUCUGAGGAGAUCGUGGCCCGGGCCGUGCAGCAGUGGGUGGAGGUUGACCGCCGCUACGGAGACAUCCCCUACAUCGAAUGUGACGUGCCAUGACACCGGGAGGAGGGAUGUCUCAGUCCUUGAUACUUGAGGUGGUUAAAUAAGGCCAAUAAACACCUUCAAUCAGAAUGAAUCCUGCUGCUCUGAGAAGGGAUGUGAAUGAGCUGCCAGUAAUUCAGUUUGACCUACUUUUGGAUUGGAUUACUCUUGGAUUGAACCUAAAAACCCUCCUCCUCCUCCUCCAAAGCAUUCCGCUCACAUUCCUGUGAUUAUCUGUAAAAGCUGGAUUCUGUUGGUUUUCAGCUGGAUAUGCUUCUCAGAUCGUAUUGGUUCCCUCUGCGGCUGGACUCAAAGCAAGAAAUCAGAAGCUAUCAGAUAUUGCUUUGGAAAUGUAAUGUCCCUCUUUGCCAGUGAAAGCCUAUCCCAGCCAUCGACGCUGUCCAGAUAUCCCUCCUCUUACGGAGGUGGUUAUUAAUAGAUCCCUUCAUUUGGUGGUAUCAUCAGGUACCCUAACCCUCCUUCUGCUCGGACAGAAAGCCUGGCAGGCUGAACUCCUCCCUUAAUGGCCUCCCUGGGGAUCCUGUGGAGUAGGGCGAGCUAAUAGUCGAGGAAAUAAUGUGCACAAAUGAUGUUUCCUGAAGGACAUUUUGUUUACAUUGUUUGACAACUUUUUUUCUGAUACCCUCUCCGCAGCAUAAGAAAGGAUUGACACACUUUCCGGAAGGAUUUGGAUGGCAACAGAACUUGGUUUUCCUCAAAGUGUUUCAGGCCUGUUCUUUUGUCAAUAUUGUGUUAUUUUAACCAGGAAAUACUGCCCCAUAGAGAACAAAAGCACAAAUAUACAAACCUCGAUAACACACAGCACUUCAAUCCAGUCCGUACGUGACUUUUUCAAAUUUUUUGCUGCGGUUACAUAACUAAGAGCAGCGAUACUAACCAGGAGACAGAGCAGAUGUUUUUGGAGAAGAGGUUCACAACCACCAAAGUCCUUAUGAAUGCUCCUCUGAGCUAGAUCACAUUUCACAGGUCAGCUCUGUUCUGUCACAAAUGCUCUAAAUGAUGUCAUUGGGAUUCGCCCAAAAUUCAAUUCACAUUGCAAGCUUGUCUGUACUGGAUAUGAUUGAGGACAGCACUUAAAACUGCCAAACCACUAUUCAAUAUUAUUACAGCAGUAGGAAUAGCUAUGAGAAUACUAUCAAUGUCUGCAACACAUUUUAAUCAUACUUAUAAAUAGUUUUUUUAAUCUGCUUAUAGCACUGUAUUAUAAUUACAAAUUAAAAGUCCUUGUUAAUAUUCAUAAUGCUUUAAAACUAUAAUCACAACAAAUAAAGGUUUUUUCUAAUGAUGAUUAAUAAUUGCUGGUCAAUGCCAGCAAUUAUUAAUGCCAUAUGAAGUCAUCAUAAAAUGGUGCUCAUAACUAUUUGACAGUGCUAUAAGUAGAUUUUAAAGUAUUAUAAGUAUGGUUAUGAUGCAUUAUAGAAAUACAAAUCGUAAGUUAAUACUUCAGCACAAGCUAAUAAGCCAUAUAAAACAGUGGUGGAAGUUUCUCCCUCCUCUUGCCUUUUCCAUAACAGUAACUGUAUUGACAGAAAACUGGUAAAAAGCAAUGUAUCAUACAGCUGAUACAUAUUGCAUUUGGAAAUCUAACUACUGCAGAUGUCCAGUGCUUAUUUUAGUGAAGAGCAGCAUUAUAGAGUGGUGUAUUUAUGUAGGCUAACCUGGAAGUUAGCAUAGCAAGCGCCCCCUUGACAAAAAGCAAUGGGAUUUUUCUAUUGGAUUUCCGAAUAUUUAAGAAAAAAAAUGUCUGUGGCAAUAUCUCCACAUAUUAACACCACUUAUAUAAUAGUUGAGGUGCAAAAGCAAUCAAUCCCCAGAAGUAAAAAACUAACGUUAGGCUUUAGACGCUAAAGGUGGCUAAUGUUCACAUAAUGAUGUUGAGAAGUGUCAUUUACCUCCGUUUUUAGGUCACAAAACAAAGUUUAAGUCAUUGUGUGUUAAACAUAGAUUUUAUUUUGAGAAUCAUACCAAAAACCAAUUAAAAAAAACCCAUCAACUUUAAGGCAAGGGAGCCUAGAAGUGCUAACAUACUAACUAAUUUCCGGGUUUAGGACUAAUUUGUGUACUACUAAUGGGUUAGGUAGGGAUGUAUUUCUCCAAAGAAACUUCAUGUGUUCUAUAGAAUGCCUCCACACACGUCACUCUUAUCAACUCCUAAAACAUAAUCCGCAUUGAGAGAUUAAUCGGCUGGGUCGUCCCAAACAUGUUGUGAACACAUUGAAGAUUAGGGAUGACCCGCCAUACUCCUCAUGCUUAAUCUGUGGCCAUUUGUUUUGCUUUACAUCAAAAGAUAAAGGUGAAUGUCUGUUGUGUUCUGUCUCACUUUGAGUAAAAAACUAAAGGCCUGUUUCAAUAGCACAAGCGCUGGUGGCAGUGAGAGGAGAGAUGGAAGUUGGGUCAGUUUAAGCACAUUUUCUUUAUCGUCCACAUGCUGGAGGAUCAUUUUAAUUUUUCUGUACAUGUUCUUAAUGUGACCGACACAUAUAUUUCUUCGGCUAUACAUCUAAGAUGUUGCCUUAACAUUGAUCAGGAUUUACUGUGAUGUGAUUACUGAGAAAAGUUAAAUUUGUACAAAAUGUGGCAUCAACUUUGUUCACAAAACAUUCAGUUUUUUGUAACACUGGCAACGUUUAAGGUUUGAAUUGGAUUUUCCUUCAGAAAGCCAUAAGUGAAAAAAAAAAAAAGCUUUUAAAAUCGGCUUCACUGUGAACGCCUGUCUUCAUCCAACAUCCGUCUUUAGAGUCUUUCACCAGUGACUGAAAGGCUGCCAAUGCUUCCGUAUGGAAAUCCUGAUUUGUUAUUAAAGGUCAACAAUGUUUAAUUAUUUAAUAGCAGCGGGUGUUUCAACAGAGAUGGGGGAUGCUGCUAAAAAUAUGCCAUGAACAUUUAGGACCUAUUUAUCAGGAGGUGCAGGGUCUGCAAGGCUGCCAUGCCCUUUGCUAUUUACAAAUUGAAUGGGGGCUUAACCCUCCAAUAACUGUGUCUUUCAAAUCUCAGAGUAGCUAGUUUUAUUGAACUAUUUCUGACAUUUCAUAGAGAAACGGUUAAUUACACAUUUAAUUGAUGGAUUGAUUUAUAAUAAAAAAUAAAUGCUACAGUCCAUGGAUGUUAAGUUUACUAAAAUAUAUGACCAAAAAACAUCCAUUCAUUAGCCUUGUUUGCUUGGAAACUAUCAAGUAGUUACAAUUGGUCCUCUCUCAAUCGAUUUAUUGUGUAAUGAGUUGCUUCAUGGAUGUUUGGCAGCCACACCAACUGCAACACUCAACCUGCUAGUCCUUCAUUUCCGAACACUACUGACCCUAUUUGGAAAUUCAAGCAAUUGACUGAUCUCUUUAAGUAUUUUAAACAAUGUCCUCACCCUCUUAUUAUAUCAACAUUUCAAGAAGCUUGUUUAAAGUCAGGUCAGGCUACGAUUAGCUAGAAACCGAUACAACACUCUGUUUUACAACAGUUAAAGUGACCCAAAGAAGCAGCAGCAGCAGCAGCAGCAGCAGCAGCAGCAGGGGAGUGUGGCUGACUUGACUGUAAAGUGGAACACACAGAGAGAUAAGCAGUAGCAGGACUCACCUGCCCUCUCCCCACUCCUUAUCUGCUGCUGAAUGAGUGAGGAAUGCCCCCUGGGAAUGAGCGGUAAGAUGAAAUAGGUUGGCCUGUGAAAAUAUCAUCAUAAAUAACUUAAAAGGUGUAACUUUUAGCAUCAUGCUUGAGCCCAAUAUUCAUUUACUGUACAUUCAGUAUGUGUGAAAACUAAUGCCAAUAAAUCUGAUGUAUGCCUUCUUUCAUUGAA